CCAGGUGUUCGGUCCCUGGGGCUUUGCAUGCACCGACGCCCUUCGCCGAGGUGGGCUGAAGCGGCCGGAGCCGAAGGGGACUCGGAGUCUGCUGGGGCACUUGGGGUUUGGGGUGCGCUGCGGGCCUGGAGGGCACAGGGUGCGAGGGACUCGGCGACACCGAGGUUGGGGAUACCGCAGGCUCCGCCCUUCGCGUCUAGCGUCCGGAGGGACGGUGGGAUGUGGCCCAGAGCUCCUGCUUACAGUCGGAGGAAAGUUUGGGCCAAAAGGAGGCGGAUUGAACUCUUUCCGUCCUCUGCGGCCACGGGGUGACCCUCAGGCGAGGCGGAGCCGGGUGCACCGGGCUGUGGUGGCCACGCCUGGGAGUCAGAGUCACUUCCUGCCCCCGGGUAGUGACCAGUCUCAGCGGUGACGCCUGCUCAGAACAGCCUGCCUGGGGCACAUCCAGGAACCCGAUCCGAGGCUUCGAGGCCCGUCCCUCGGGAGUCUGCCCGCUCGUCUCUCAGUCCCUCUACCUUACACAGAGCCAGAAUCCUUUCUUCCAGAGCUGAGCAGCCAUGACAUCUCCUGAGGAGAAGACCUAUAAGUUCAUCCGCCACCAUCACAGUGAUUUUUUGGCUGUUGAUGUUCUGGAGAUUCUUCCUUUCCUGCCCUGCCUAACAACCGGUGACCAGGAUCGAUUGCGUGCCUCCUACACACGCCUAGGGAAUAGGGACACACUGUGGGACCUCUUCAACACACUCAAGCGGCGGACAGGCUGGGUGGAGUCCUUCAUCCAGGCACUGACACAGUGUGAGCUGUCUGAGCUCGCCAAUCAAGUGAAUCGCGUCUACCAGAGCUCCCAGCGUGGUGGCACUCCACCCCAAGUCCCAGGCCCAGUGCAGGCACCGAAAGUUCCUGCUAAGCUUCCAGCAGCCCGUCCAUCUGAUGCACCCCACAGCAUCCCCCACAAUGGCUACCGAGAGGAGCCAAGUUACCCCCGGCCGGUCCAGGACACCCAGCCGCCAAAGUCCCCCAGAGAGAGUUCAGAGCAGGCCCUACAGACACCCAGUUCGGGGACUGUCCUGAGGAGGCCCAGUGGAUCCUUGGAGCCCUCUUCUAACCUGCCAGCCCUCAGCCCUCUGACACCCAGCAGGCAUCAGGAGCAGAACCCAGAACUGAGCAGCACCCACGGCCCAGUCUCCAGCCCCACAUCACCCCGAGGGCCUGUGUCUCCAACUGUCUCCUUCCAGCCCUUGGCCCGUUCCACCCCAAGAGCUAGCCGCUUGCCUGGCCCUACAGUGUCAGCCAUAUCUGUCAGCCCCUCUUCCUCCUCCUCUUCAUUCUCCUCCUCCUCCUCCUCCUCCUCUUCCACCAGCUUGCCUUCUGCAGGUGUUGCUGGUAACCAGGCCAGGGCCUCCAUCUGUCCCAGUGAGGUACCCACUACCUCUGUUACUAUCAGCUCAGUACCUUCUCCCACCACCCUGGAGCCUGUGAGCACUGUGACCUCCAAAGUGCCUGCCAGCCCAGCACCUGUCAGCACUGUGCUUUCCACGGUGCCCACCAGCUCAAAGUCCCCUGGUGCUAAUGUGUCCAUCAAUCCAGCACCAUCCAAACUGCCUGUCAACCCAACACGCACUGGCAUAACACCAUCCAGAGUGCCUGCUAGCAUGGUGUCUACCAAGGCAACGACCAACACUGUGCCAUCCAACAGGAGCAGCAGCACAGAAAAGGAGACCCCAGAGACUCCAGCACCCACAGUCACUGUUGGAGGCAGCUCACCCUGGCCAAACAGCAGCUCUGGGAGCCUGCAGUUUCCAUCAGAAAUGAGCAAGCCUGGCCAGCUGGAGUCCCAGCAGGACAGGCAGCCGUGCUCCGUCUGUUCUGCAGACCUUGCCAUCAGCCCCAGCAGCUCCCUGGCCUCCGAGCCCAGCCAUGGCCCAGAGGAGAAUGAGUACAAAUCCUUUGGGAUGCAUGUAGCUGAGGACCCCAGCAUCAACAUCAUGGCUGGCAACCCCGGGCCACACCUUGUCUUGGAACCCCAGGAAGAGCUGGAGGAGGAGACCAAAACCAGCUGGUCAGUGUCCUGGGCUUCCUGGCUUGGUACAGCUGCUGCAAGUGCACUCUUGGCUGUGCUUUUGGCGGUGCUGUACCGGCGGCGCCCACUCCAGUGAAGACUCGGCUUUCUGCAUCCAGGCACCCCCCUGUGCCUCACCAUUCACUUGUUAGAGUGUACCUUUUCCAGGCUGACAGGCUAGGUUGGAAGGGAGCUCAGGGCCUGUGUGCUAAUAGGAGGCUGUGCUCUGGCUUCCCUAAGCCCUAGGGGCAGCCUUUCCAUCCUAGUUUGUAUGCUCUGUUUGCUGUGAAGCUCUGGGAAGGCCUCUAGAGUUUCAAACCUCGCCCCCCUGAAAGUGAGUGAGGGUUGUAACCCCGUGUGUCCCUGAGGCCUGAGGGCCUCACCCCUGUUUGCGUUAGCCUGCAGAUCAGGAGGUGCCACUGGAGAGCACUGAGGGCUAGCAGCUUUUCCUUCCCCUGCCAGGCCCCGAGGCUUAGUUGCAGAUGUGUAGACUGGGGACCCUGUGAGACUUUGCUGCUCUCCACAGCAGCCCAGGCUGAGGCUGUGGCAGGGGAGUUGGGAAGCACCCAGUUGUCAGGACUCCAGGGAGCCAGCAGAUUUGAGUCUCCUGCCCCUCUUGUCCCUUCUCCACUGCCAGUCAACCCUGGAGGGAGGUCCUGAGGUUCAUGUGGACUUGGGACACAGUGGCAGCUGCCAGGCCCAAAGAAGACCACCAGAGGCCCUCAUCACUGCUGCCAGCCACUUCACCCCCUGCCUCUUUCUCUCCCCUGGUCACCAUUCUCUUUGACUUCCUGUAUGGGUUUAGGAUAGGAACACCAAGUAGGCAGAGCUUGGGCCAGAUUUAAAUUCAAGGUCCAUCCUUUCUGGGUUGUGUGGCAGUGGCAGAUGCUUAGACUUUCUGGUCUUGUUUUCCCUUGUGGACAGAGUCUCUAGCUCUUCCUUCACUGGGCUCUUCUGGGAUAAGCAUGCAGGUAUUUGGCCAGUGCCUGGCUCAGAGGCUUGACCACCAAGCACGCCCCUACCUCCCUUUGGCCCUGCCUGGGUUUCAGAAUCAGUACAAAGUGAUAAAGGUACAUUCUGCAGUGAGACAGCUCAGCCUUCAUCCUGCUGUGCCUCUCACUAGCUCUGUGAUCUCUAACAAGGUCUUAACCACUGAGUGCCUCAUGUCUCUCAUCUAAUAGGGGAGAUUAUCUCCUAGUAAUAUCAUCAAGAUUAAAUGAAUUUAUGUAAGU